AUGGGAAAACCGACACCAGUGGAAGACCUGGUGAUUCCACCUCAAGAUGGUCGGAUAUGUGGCACCAUCUGCAUAUGUCAGAUGACAGCAGUCCUCUCAUCAGUGGCAUUAGUUUACCUAACAGUAGCAAUUUAUAUGCCAAGCACCCGAGCAUUUUCCUCGGGAAUAUCCCCAGUUCCGGCGAUGUGCACCACAAUAAGAACCGUAAACGCGGACAAUUGUUCCUGGGGCAGUUGUGGUGAGUGGUGUCUCUCAAAAACAUCUGGCCCGUGCACCCAAAUUCACGUUAACUUGAGGAACAACGGCUCGACAAUUCUCCUUGGGAAUUGCACGAACAUCACCAAUAAAACGUGCUACGGUAUCGACCAGGAAAAUGCCAAAAAGUCCAAAUGUAUCGCCGACGAGUGCCGGAAUUUGACGGGAACUUUUAACUGCACCGCGGGGAUUUGCAUCAACAUUACCGACGCCUUCGAGUGCAAUUUCCGCGACACAGAUCCGCCUUUAAAGUGCUCGGGAAGACGAGGGAAGAUCACUUGUAUUGCAAUAGACGGAUUGUUUAAUUGCAACCGCGGAACUUGUGAAAGAAUUAGAACGCCCUACAAUUGCGACCGCCGGUGCGUUGACAUCCCGACCCGCAACAAGAACAUGAUCCUGAUCAGUGGAGAUAAAGUUUAUCUGAGCCAAUGUGAGCGUGCGAUUGAUGUCGAAAGCAGUAAAGAAAUUUGGAACGAAAAUCGGGGAGAUGUUUUGAUGGCUUCUUGCUACGGAAUUUACAACAGCAGCUUGGGGGUUGAAGCGGUAGACUGUAUAAAUGGCUCGGUGUUAGAAAAGACCAUGCUCACUGAUCUUACUAACUUUACCUACUUGUCCUACUUGAGUUUGUACGCAUCUAAGCCACUAGACGACGCGAAUUUUGCACUCCCGCCGGAACAUACGUUGAUUAUCGCUAAUGAAAGCCGGCUGAUGAUUAAUCUUGAGGGGUGUGUUAAUACGUUGAGGGACGAGUGUAAGGAAUUUUUGCACGAGUUUGGGAAAGAUGGGUCGGAUCACAACGCUCGGGCUAGGUUCCCUUGCUUCUUUGCUAAGGACAGGACGGAAAUAGUCGUCAGUAAAUUCGAUUUGGAAACCACUUGGAAGGAAUUCAUUGUUGCGUUGGUGUUUCCAAGUGUCCUGUUUGUUGUAAGUUGCUUGACAUUGAUCCUGUGCCAGAGGACUGUUGUCGUGGGCGACGACGCCAAAAUGCGGUUCAAGGGUAUCCCUAUUGCCAAGAGCGAGCUUGAUAAAAGCAUUCCCCUCUUGGAGGAGAGCCCGGCUCGCCAAUCGAUUUUCUCCCUACGCGGGCACUAUUGA